CAGCAUGCUAACCACUACUCUGAGCUUCUACAAUGGUUUUCGAGGGAUGCUAAUAUGUCUGAGCCACAGGUCCCUCCCUUCUGUUUGCUGUCUGUACAUAUUAUAAGAGCGAGGAAUCUAAGACAAGCAGAUAUAUUAAGCCAAAGUGAUUGUUACGUACGUUUGAAGUUACCAACAGCUUCUUCUGGUGAAUUCCGGACUAAAACCAUCUCAAAUACAAGAAAUCCAGUCUGGAACGCAACGUUCUUCUUUAGGAUCCAGCUUAUGGCUAAGAACAUACUGGAACUGAAGGUCUGUGAUGAAGAAAAGUUUUUUAAGGAUGACAAGCUUUGUACGGUCCUAUUUGAUAUAGCUCAACUUCAGCCCGGAGAAACGGUUUGCAAGCAUUUUGAACUCAAUGAAGAGAAGGAUGAGGUGCUGGAAGUGGAGUUUACUUUGGAACAAAUGCCAGAUAUUCCUGAAAAUCUUGUUACAAAUGGAGUACUCCUGUCUCGGCAACUUUGCUGUCUAAAAGCAGAGGUAGAUGGAAGAAAAAAGAAAAAGAAAAGAGGAAAACAAAACUUCACAUUUACAGUGAAAGGAUCCUAUGAAGAUACACAGAACAUUGUCCUGGAUUCUCGCACCAAAAAUGCUGCCUCAGUUCCCAUAGAGUUCCACUAUGCUAAGUAUUGUUUCCCCCAAAUGGAGGUGAAAUUAGCAAAGAAAUGGUCCUUCUGUAAUUGUUCAGAUAGAGGGAUAAGGGACUCCAUAUGGCUGUCCUUGCUUCAUCUCCCAGAGGGACAAACAGUAGAAAUAGCUAAUAAAAAGCAGUGUGAUAUAUUUGUGACGGCAGGAAACUGUCAGAAGGAUCUUGAUAUACGUUUAGGAUUUGAUCUCUGUGCAGAGGAGCAGGAUUUCAUCUGCAUGCGCAAGAAAUAUGUUGCUGCGAGUUUGAAAAAUGUUCUCCAACUAGAAGAAGACCUGCAGGAUGAUGAGGUUCCAGUAGUGGCUUUGAUGACAACAGCAGGAGGUGUAAGAUCAAUGACAGCCAUGUUGGGUAGCCUGCUGGCUCUCCAGAAGCUGAAUCUCUUAGACUGUAUUUCAUACAUGACUGGUUUAUCUGGAACAACAUGGACCAUGAUAAAACUAUAUGGUGAUGCAUACUGGUCACAGAAGGAUCUGAAAGGGCCGGUCAAUGAAAUUCGGAAACAUGUCAUGAAAAAUAAACUGUGUUGUUUUUCUGGGGAGCGCUUAAAAUACUAUGAGAAGGAAAUAUGUCAGAGGCACUUAGAGGGCCACAAGCUGUCUUUUGCAGAUCUCUGGGGACUCAUUCUUGAAUCCAUGUUCCAUGAUGAGCCAGAUCCCAACAAGCUCUCAGAUCAACGGAAGGCAGUGAACAUUGGACAGAACCCUCUGCCCAUUUACCUUGCCCUCAAUGUCAGAGACAGAUAUAGCACACUAGAUUUUAAAGAGUGGGUGGAAUUCACGCCCUAUGAAGUUGGCUUCUUGAAAUAUGGAAGUUUCAUUAAGGCAGAAGACUUUGGAAGUGAGUUCUUCAUGGGUCGUGUGAUGAAGAAGAUCCCAGAAUCUCGGCUCACUUUCAUGCAAGGCAUGUGGAGUAAUAUAUAUUCCCAAAAUGUGCUUGAUGCCUUAUAUUUAGCAGACUGUUCAGACGACUUUUGGCACAGAUGGACGAAAGAUCGUAUUGAUGAUAUAGAAAAGGAGAGUCCACACAGCUUGCCUCAGAGGCCCUAUGUGCAGCCAACACGCCUCUUCAUCCCCAAUGGGACCCUCUCCAAUGUCCUUAGAGAUGUUGUAACAUUGCGUCCAGUGCUUUCACAUUUCCACAAUUUCAUGAAGGGCCUCCAGCUGAACAACAAAUAUUUGGAGAAUGACAGGUUUCGUAUUUGGAAAGACACCGUGAUAGAUUCAGCUCCCAAUGAACUGAGCGAUGUAGCAGAAUACCUGGAGCUUAUAGACACAGCAUUCUUCAUCAAUACCAGCUGCCCUCCUCUGCUGAGGCCAGAGAGGAAAGUGGAUGUCAUUUUGCAUUUAAAUUACAGUGGAGGAUCUCAGACACUGCCAUUGGACUUAUCCGUAAAAUACUAUGCAGAACAGGGCAUUCCAUUCCCUAAGGUUGAGCUGACUGAAAAUGACAGGGAGCAUCUCAAGGAGUGUUAUGUUUUUGAUGAAGGAGAGACUCCAAAGGCUCCUAUAUUGGUAUAUAUGCCACUGGUGUGUGAUACCUUCCAAAAAUACAAAGCACCAGGUGUAGAACGCAGCCCUGAUGAAAUGGAGGAAGGCCACGUUGAUGUUUGCAGCACUGUUUUUUCUCCAUAUGCUACUGGGAUAAUUCAAUACUCUGAGGCAAAUUUCAAUAAACUAGUGAACUUGACAAACUACAAUAUCGUCAAUAAUAAACAUUUGAUUCUUCAGGCUUUGCGUACAGCAGUUGAACGAAAGAAGGAGCAAAAGAAAGAGUCUUCCUACUCAUCUUAGUCCUUUUCAUGUUAUGUAUUUCCCAAUUUUUCUCCAUCUGACAGCUACCAGAGUGCAACUGGCCAGUACCACCAAUGUGGGAAGCUAUUACUGUUGUCCUUUUUAUACCUCAAAUGGGCAAAGAAUGCUAUCACAUCAUUGUUGCAUACACCUCACUAAGAAAUCCAUAGCUUGGGAAUCAGUGGCUCAAGAUACAACUGAGAAUUUAAAGAUGAAAUUGGAACUUGGUCUUCCUAGGUCUAAGCCCCAUGCUGUGGAGACUUUGCAAAAGUAUGGAUCCAACUUGCUGAGCAACUGAAGUCAUCUAGCAGCAAGAAGCUCUAGCUUCCAUAGCUAUGGCUUAAUACAAAAAUGCAUCUUCAUAACUUGAGGAUGGCAGCAUUGAGUGAGUAAUGAUACACCUUUAUAAAACGGUCAUCUCGGAAUUGAGCUUUCUGGUCCACCUUGCAUCACUGCAAAUGCAACACUUGUUUAAAUGGUGGAAAACCACAUAUUCAGCUGUAGUUCAUUGCCUGUAGUCAGGUUCUUCAUGCCUUCUGAAGAAGUGAAUGUGGUGUUCCAUACUACAAACUGUUGUUUUCUUAUGAAUGUUCAUAUGUGAUUCAGUCUUAAGGACUAUGUAACCUAAAGCAACAAAAGCUAUAUGGCCCCAAAACAAUUAUACAUCUUGAAUUGUUUAAUGACUGAGAAGAGGCUGGCAGACAGAAUUUCAUU